AUGAUGAUGUUUCUCCGACUUCUGAUGGAUCCAUCUCACCCUCUUUAUAUUCAUCCAUCUGAUAACCCUGGUAGCCAUUUGGUGUCUAGUCAAUUGGUGUUUGUACCAUUCAAUGGGUCUGGUUUUGUACUUUGGAGAAGUAGUACAGUCAUAUUUCUUUCUGCAAAGAAUAAGUUGGGACUAGUAGAUGCAUCUAGAGAGAUUGCUACUAGUGUGAAGUAUUUUAAGACUGCCAAGGAGGUUUGGAAAGACAUCAAUGAUAGGUUUGGACAAUCAAACAGGUUUAAGCACAUUCAACUUCAAAGGGAAAUUCAUUCCACUACUCAAGGGUCUUCUGACACAGCAUCUUACUUUACAAAGAUGAGAAGCCUCUGGGAUGAGCUGCAUUCCUCCUAUGUAGGACCUAGUGCUAUUUUGAUGAUGAAUCCCCUUCCAGCCACGAUCAAGGCAUAUUCCCUUCUUCAGCACGAUGAAAGUCAAAAGGAAGCUCAUUCCUCUUCCACAAUUUUUUCUGGAGAUACAACUUCCUUUUUGGUUUCUCUUGGUCCAUCCAAUGGGAACAGGAAUUUCAAUCAGAAGGCUCGCAUAUCUUCGUCUGCUCAUGAUGCUUCAAAUGUGGAUAACACUGCCUUUGUACAUUUUGCAGGGUCCUUCUCUGAAGAGGCCACUGAAAUUUAUAAGGCUACUGGAAGGCUAUACUACAUAUAUCCAGAUGCAGAUCUUUUACCUACUACAUCUACUUCCAUGUCUAUUUCUAAUUCAUAUAUCCUGCCCACUCCUAUCUCUUUUACUCAUAGUAGUGUGCCUUCCCCUUUUGCCAAUCCUUCUUUUUCAUUUUCAAGUCCUAUUCCACAUUCUACUUCUCUUCUUCAUCAUUCUCCAAUUUCUCUUCCUGAUCCUUCCUCUUCUGAUUUUUCACCUGCUAAUUCAUUUCUUCCUUUAAGAAGAUCUUCUAGACUUGUCCAAUAA